AUGACGCUCUUAAAGGAGGAACGACUGCAACUUGCAACCAUCGAUCCGGAGCUGGCCGAAUACCUCAAAACGAUAAACAUUCCCCAGAUUGACACCUCUGACCCCGCGAAAGCCAUUGUAAGUUUGAGAUGGUACAUGGCAAGCCUUCAUACGCCACCCGACCCAGAGAGUGGUGUUACUGAGCGCGAUGUCUAUUACACUGCAAGAGAUGGCUACAAGUUGCGCGCUCAUGUUUACGAACCGGUUGACAAAUCCGAUUCAACCCCGCCGCUUGUUGUAUAUAUACACGGUGGCGGGUGGACUAUCGGAUCUCCAGAAGACACUGAACGCUCGUGUUGUGAUAUUGUACAAAAGUUAGGCGUCGUUUGUCUGGCGCCUUCUUAUCGUCAAGGACCUGAAGACCCGUUUCCUGCUAGCAUCAACGAUGUUUGGGACGGCUUGCAAUGGGUUGCUGCCAAUGCGGAGUCCGAGUUGAAGGUCUCACUGUCGAAAGGGUUCAUCAUUGGUGGCUCCUCAGCUGGAGGAAACAUGGCUGCGAUAACCAGUCAUCUGGCCCGCGAUGAGGAACUUACUCCUGUGAUAACUGGCGUCUUUCUGCUCGCUCCAAUGAUUCUUCCACCAGAGGCACGAGACUCCCUACCUGAGAAAUACAAGGAAUCUUACCUUGCUCGGACCCAAGCCAAGUGUAAGAACGAUCCUAUUCUCACCCCAGCUCUGGACAAGAUAUUUCACGACUCUGCGGCUGGGGAUACAUCUUCACCGCUCUUUGUUCCAUUUAUCUGGCCAACGGGUCACCACAACCUACCCAGGACGUAUUUCCAAGUUUGUGGAAUGGAUGUCCUUCGUGAUGAGGCUUUGAUCUACGAGCAGGUGUUGCGCGAAGAUAAUGGGAUUGAGACGCGGUUGGAUAUCUAUCCUGGAAUGCCUCAUAUCUUCUGGGGCGCUUUCGUGCAUUUGAGCCAGGGGAAGAAAGCAGCUGUAGACCUUGUUGAAGGUAUCAAGUGGCUUUUGGAGUAAUAGGUCCAACACUCAGCUUUGCCUGCCGAGAGGCAGAAUUCAUACUAGACAUUGAUAGACUCCCAU